AUGGGCUCCGUGUUUCUACCCCACCUAAAAACCGGCUGGCACGUUGAUCAGGCGAUAUUAUCGGAGGACGACCGGGUCGUGGUUAUACGGUUUGGCCGCGAAGAAGAGCUGGAAUGCAUGGUUCUAGACGAGUUGCUCUAUUCGAUCCUGGAGAAGAUUAAGAAUUUUGGAGUGAUUUACUUGGUCAAUUUGGACAAGGUUCCAGACUUCAACCAGAUGUAUGAGCUAGAUCAGAAUAAGCGGGAGCCUUACACGCUCAUGUUUUUCUACAGGAACAAGCAUAUGCUCUGUGAUUUCGGCACGGGGAACAAUAAUAAGCUCAAUUUCCCCAUCUACGACAAGCAGGAGCUCAUUGAUAUCAUUGAGACUAUAUACCGAGGUGCUAGAAAGGGUAAAGGUCUAGUAAUGAGUCCCAAGGACUACAGUCGAGUUGCAAAACACAUAUAG